CACAAAGUCAUGAAUGCAAAUAACGCUUCACCGUAAGGUGGACGCGUUUGCUUUAAAACGCUGAUCGUACACGGACGGUUUUGAUUUACAGUCCAUUCUUGAAGCUGACCGUCGACGCAACAGCAUUCUAAACAUCAUGGCCCCUCUUGUCGUACUCAUCUCCGGCUGUUCGACCGGUAUCGGUCUGGCCCUAGCGGUCAGGCUGGCCCAGGACCCAGACAAGAAGUACCUAGUCUAUGCCACCAUGAGGAACUUGGCUAAGAAGGAAGCCAUCGAGAAGGCGGCGGGCGAUGCCCUCGACAAGACGCUCUUCGUUCGGCAGCUCGACGUCACCGUCGAUGAUCAGGUCAAGACCAUCUUCGAGUUCAUUAUGGGGAAACACGGGCGUGUCGACGUCCUGGUAAAUAACGCUGGUUUUGGUUUCUUCGGGGCGCUGGAGGCGAUGAGUAUGGAGAAAGCUAAGAAUAUGUUUGACACCAACUAUUUUGGCACGGUACGGUUGAUACGAGCAGCGCUGCCCAUCAUGAAGAAACAGAAAUCUGGACGCAUCGUGAAUAUCAGUAGCGUUGUUGGACAUCUUGCUUUGCCUUACAUGGAUAUGUACAAUGCGUCCAAGUUUGCGAUGGAGGGUCUUAGUGAGUCGUUACUGCCACAGCUUAAGAACUUUGGAAUAAGCAUCAGUACAGUCCAGCCGGGACCAGUGGCUACCAACUUUGGUGAAGCUUUGGCCGCGAACGCCAGCACAGAAGAAGACAACAAAGACGUUUCUGAAGAAACGGUGAAGCAAAUGACGGCAUUCCGACUCCUACUUCACAAGCCUGACCUGUUCGCCGCCCAGCAGACCGAACCGGUCAUCGACGUCAUUGUGGAGUGCGUCGAAGCGGACAAACCGAAACUGCGGUACCCGACAAGCGAUAGUGUGCGGAGCUGGGUCGCCAAGAGAUACCGCAAAGAAGGGGUGACUGGCUUAGAAAGUUUGUUUGAAUGAGUUAGCGUGAAAGAAUGGAAGUGAAUGUGAGAGACAUUGUGGCAGCUCUAGGAACGACGGGUUGGGGUGGAGGGGGUGGGGGAUUAAAACUCGGUCAAACUCGGUCAAACCCGAUAAAAACUCGGUAAAACCCGGUAAAACUUGGCGAAGCAUAUCUUACUUGAUGAUCAGCUCCGAGAUGAUGAUAAUGAAUGUUCAAGAUGUAUAUAUUGGCAGAUACAUGGACGAGGGGAUGGGGUAUCUCAAAAAAAUAAAACCCAUUUUGAUAUACUUUAUACCAUACAAUACGCACAAAUAGAAAAUGACAUGCACUUACCCAAAACGCCUAUGAGCAAAAGGUCGAACAAAAAUCGAAAGGGGGUUGAAAUAGAGACAUUGACAUUUAGCGGGUUAUUAUGCUUAUUUUUAAUUUGUUGUUCUUUCUUGAUUGAUCUAGAAAAAGGAAAUGUGAAAAAGAAAUUGAAACACGUCUACCGAAAUCGAUGGCGUAGAAUUGUCACUUAUAUCACUUUUUCUACCUCUGACAUUUUUAUACUGAACCUAAGACUCAAGUUGGAGUUUAAAUCGAGAAUAUUAUUUUUAAGCUUCUUGAGGGUGUUUUAUCAUUUAAAAUCUUCUUUAGAUCAACCACUAAUAAAAUGAUCGGCUUUAUUUUAAGAUCGACUUAAAGCUUGUUGAAACACUCUUAAACCCUAGCCUAGUUGGAGUUUGAAUUUGGCGUCACAAAUGUAAUUAUCUAAUUAUAUUGAUGAUUAUAGACACUUCUUUAUAUGUUGUUAAAGUAUGAAUAAAUAUUCCUGUAAUAUUUGA